GAAAUGUUGCCUCUGGGCUCUUCAUAUCAUAAAUCAGGCCAUGGAUAGUACAGGUUAUUUUUAGCCUGUUUAACAUCCAGACUGUGCAUUUCAUGACAUGUAUUUUUGAGCGCCGUGUGUCUCCACCAAGAAGAAGUGACAGCCGUCAGUUUUGAGUUUCUUCCAAUCUAAAGCAUGUAAAGUACGAACAGUCCAUACUCUUAGUUUUCUCUCACUCCUCCCAGAAAAAGUGCCACAUGACCUGUCAAAUAGGAAGUGGAGAGAGCUAGCGAGGAGCAGCCAGCAGCGGCCAGAAACACAAGACGAGAGGAAGCGUUCAAAUCUCCUAACUCUGACUCUCGACGUCUCUUAGGCAGAUAACUCUUUCCCAUUUGGAGCAGAUAGAGCAACAACUUGGCAGCAGUCAUGUUCCUGAAGGUGGUGUUUUUCACUGUGGUGGUGGCUCUUAUCGGGGCACCAGCUGCGACGGACGCAGAUGAAUGUCCCUCUCUGCCAUGUGAUUCAUGUGAAAGCACCAAUGACUGCCAGUGGGUUAGUUGCCAAACAUUACUUCCCAGCUGUUUCAACAUGACGCUUGUGGCAACAAAUGUAACCUGCACCAAUGCUAGCUGCUCAGUUGUUGCUACUACCAGAGCCCCGACUUCAACUGCCUCUGGGAGUACUGCUCCUCCUCCUCCCCCUCCUACUACAGUCUCCCCUGCCCCUGUUGUCACCACCUCCGCCUCUAAUGCCAGCGUCACCACAGACAACACAACUCUUCCUACCACCGUCGCCCCGACUCACAGCAGUAACACCUCUAUUCCCACGACUGCAUCUCCUUCAAAUGGAACGAGCACAUCGACCACACCGAUCGCCCCCACUCCUUCCCCUCACAAGAACACCUUCGAUGCUGCGAGCUUCAUCGGUGGAAUAGUGCUGGUUCUGGGCCUGCAGGCUGUCAUCUUCUUCCUCUACAAAUUCUGCAAGUCUAAGGACCGCAACUACCACACCCUUUGAAGCGGCCGCUCGUGUCGAUCCACAUAGUAUCCACCUUUCACCAACAACUAGAACUCUCCAAGGAAGCACUCCCUACUGGUCACGGCAGACUCAAACAGUGUUUUCAAGCAGGUUUUCUAGAUCUCUAAUGUCUGUGCCACUUGCUGCAGUCUAUGUAAAGGCACCCAUGUUAACCUGUAUGUAUGAUAAAUCACUAACUUGUAAAGCUAAACAGAUCUCAGAUGAUGUGGCAUUUCAGGCCUUGAGCAUAUGGAUUACAUCAUCUGACAGCUACUCCCACCUCCAUCACGCCGUUAGUCACUCUGAGAAGAAAAAUUUCCAGCAGAUUGAGGGGGGUUGUGUUAUUUACAGCCCCUCUCUUCAUGAUUAUUCCAUCAAAUACACCACUCGAGAGAUGAAUAAUUAGUCAUGUAUUCAAAGUAACUUUCCUGUUGAUGCUCUGGAGUAGUAUAGCUGCAAACUGGAAGCGUUUUAGCUUUAUUUUUAUUUGGAAACACUGUUUGAGUUUGCGACUAUUUUUAAACAUGACGACUGCGAUGAUUCAGUAUUGCUUUUAGCCGGGUGAAUUAUGGGCAGGUUUCCUCUCCCUCCAUGUAGUUGUAUCAUGUAUAUGUGUUAAUAGAUGAUGUAAAAAAACAAAAAGGUGGGGCGACUUAGGAGGGAGAAAAAAGCAACACCCAAUCAUCGGAUGUCAGAAUGGAAAAAACAAGCAAUCCCUUUUGAUUUGAUUUUGGGUGGCGCCUUGGAGGGAUGUACGUUUUCUGGGGAAAUCUUUGACCCAAAGCUAGUUGUGAAAAAUCAUUUAAAAAUACAGCUGCAAGAAGAGCAGCUUAAUGCAAUAAAUCAUCUAAAAAGUUAGACUCCCGUCCUCUUACCUCCCCAAACAUUAAUUUUGAUCUUUACACAAACACACCCACUCGGGCUGCGAGCUUUCAGCUGGCCCCCCCGUCAUCAGAAAAGUUCUUGUGGGUCACAAAGAAAGAUCAUAGAAUAUCUCAGAAAUAUGAACCAUUAAUUAGAUUUUAAUAUUGUACAUUAAAAAGAAUGAGGAUAUAAAUAAAACAGCAUGCACCUUCUGGAUGUGGACAGUGAUAGCAGUGAAGUGCCUUUAAUGUUCAGUAUGACUUAAAGAGAGAAAUGCUCGAGGACGAGCCUGUAUUUUUAUUUUCCUGGUUGAGGCCUGAGUGGUAUCCAUAGUUUAUGUUUCUGAGACAGAAACGGUAUCGCUGUGCUGAUAUUUUUGAGAAAUGUGUCCCAGCUGGACUGAAGAGCCUUUUAUUGUGGAAGAAUACAAUAGAUAGAAGUCACUUGAAGGCCUUGAUCAGUCUGAUUGAAGUUUAUUUUCUAUAAGUGGAGGACUGUAUUCAGUGCAUGAUGGUCUUCUCAUUGCUGACCUUGCAUAAAUGAAUCAUUUUAAAGGAUCUCUCCCUUCAGUUGCACCCAGUACUGCUCCCAAAUCUCUCCCACUUCAUUGUUUUUGUUUCAGAACUCAGUUGUAAUUUAGAACGACUUGAGCAACGAGCUGGAGGGACAUUUUGGAGCAGCUUUGGACGCGGGGGGUGCAUUAUUUUUAAAGGAAAGGUAGAAAUACGGUGGUUAGUUUAAAACUCCUGCAGAUGGAGAGAGUGCAUUGAAGUAAAAAUGUUGCAGUGUGGUUAAAUGAGUGUUGCAUAUUUGAUUUCUAACUUUGCUGUGUAAAUGAGCGGAUUGUGAUUGAACCGCAACAAUUAAGUGGCUACGCUUAGCUCAGUUCUCUUAUUAGCUCGCUGCUAACUGUGUGAUCCCCACAUUCUUCUCCUGUAAAUAGCCAUGUCCUGUUUUUGUUUAUCUUCUAGGUUCCAUCUUGAGGAAAGGCUAAAUGAAGGAGUGUUUAUUAGUACAGUUUGUUCAUAGCGGCUCGUCAGAAUGUUUUGUAAAGCCUUCUCUUUCUUUACCUGCAUGCUGGAUGCUUGGAGUUGUGAUUUUUUUUUUUCUCUUGCAUUGCAUUAUGCUCUUUAGGAUUUAGACACACUGAGGAACCACUUGAUUAUUUGUGAUCAGCCCCAAAUGCUAGUUGAAAGAAUGCCUUGAAACAGUUUGCAUCAAGCCAAAGUCCUGAGUUUUGGCAUGGAGAUUGAGCAUUGCACUGACAAGCUUUGUUUUGUAAUUUUUGUCUUUGUAAAUGUUUUCAUUGUUCUGCCAAAAAAGAAAAAAUCAGAUGCUUGUAUAAAUACUCGGUCUUGAAUAUAAAGUAAAUAUGGAUGAUUAAUCAGUGUUUGUACGACCGCGAACAGUAAGAACUUUGAGUGCAGAUCCUCUGCUCUUUUUGUUUCGGCUUUCAUAAUUUUGAAGUGUAUUUUUUCUGCUGCUCACCAUUAACACGCCUUUUAACCUAUCACCUGGUGGCAUUAGGCUACAGCCCAAAGACCCAAAUAUGGCAAGAAGGCGACAGAGUUUUUGCCUUAGCUGCAUUCAUUUGCUCAUUCUUUGCAUGUGGAGAGCCUUCACCCUGAAUUAGAGAAAUAACUGAGUUGUAGUCACAGCUGGUAAGUCACAUAGUGCGAUUUACUCCUGACAUGGUAGCUGCAUUCCUCUAAAUUUCAGCAUCACAUGCUGACAUCGCAGUGCAUCAAAAAACACCUCUGCUGUCCAUGGAUACUAAUAGAUGUCCAUUGUGUUCCCCCUCUGCAGCUCCUCCUACAAGUUACUAGCUCUGUCUGUGCACCUCCUAAGGAAAAGUGCCUUAUUCAGUUAAUAUAAAUAUAUACAGUUCUAGUUUUUAGGAUGAUAUGCCACACUUAUUAGAUAUCAAUGGGACUCAGCACUUUCAAAUGCCUGUGAAGUGGUUUUCUGUGUUGUAUUAUGCUUCAGUGUCUGGUUUGUCACACUCAGCCUUAACUUCUGGAUCAAACUCACCAAGCAUUUGCUAGCUACAAGCUGACUAAGCAAUCACCAGGCUGUUUUUGUUUGUAUGGGAAUUUGUUUUUGUACUUAUUUGCUGCCAUUUUAGGAGCAUUUAGAGAGAGGUAGAUAGAAUUCAAGGUGUUUUAAAUGCUGCUGAAAUGGCUACAACCAGCGAGUGAAUGGCACGGUUAUAAAGGAGAGGAAGCCUGGUUGUGGCCUGGGAUACUUCCCACCAGCUCAUUGUGUUAAAAUAACUUUCCAGUAAUGUUGUAACCACAGCCACAGACCUCUAGUAUUCUUAAAUGCAACAUCUCCUCCAUAUUGUAAACGCUCACUUGAGUCUACUUGGUUGUGAAUAUCCAGUCAUUGCUGUUGAAUGACUAGUUUUCUGUCCAGUAGGAUUUUUUAAAUUCGAAGAUUCAAAUUAGCUCGUUCACGGAGGCUCUCCUGUCAGUUUCGAGCCUUGCAGUGUUUCAUUUCAAGAGUUCCAGCUUUUUCAUUCCCUCCAUUUGCCUUGAGGCUUUAAUGCUAUAGCACAAACAACAGUGCCAUAUAAUGUACUCUUUGUGUUAGGGGCUAUCAGUUUUGUAGGUACGAUUUUUGGCUUUGCUCUCAUCCCACUUUGACACACCUGUUCACACAGUCAUGCAGACACUUGCAGGUGCCACAAUGCCUCCUGAAAUGCUUCUUUGUGCCCCCUUUUUUCUCAAACUCUUUAUUUUGUGCCUUGUUUUCUAGUGUUGCCUUUAGUUUCACAAUGUAAAACAAAUAAAGUUUGAAUAUUGUUAAACAAA